ACAAAACGAAACAACUGAUAGCAGCUAACAAACAACAAACAACUGAUAUCAACCAGAAAAGCCACGAAGAAACGAAAUGUGGAGAACUGUCCAUGGCCGCGUAUUGGGAGGAAAUGAGCUCGUGGGUCACAUAAUCAGCAACGGAUCGACAUUGUCAACCGUAAGAACUUUCCUCCAGAGAAAACCACACGAUGCCGUGACGUGACGAGACGACCAAUGUGGAUGCCGCCAUUUGAAAUGCAUUGCGGAAUAGUUUGACGGAACGGGACAUGAUGUGACGUGACGGCUAGUGUGAACUGGUCUUUAUCCAGAUUUUAUUCUCUGGUCAGGAGUUUAUCCUUGUUCGUCCAAUGCGUUCCCCGCACUAUUCCGAGAAUAGCGCUUAAGCGGUUGCUAACCGGAGAUUGUACAGACCUGCACAGUCCAAAAUUUUUGACUGUGUUAAUGUCUUCCUCAGCCUUGCUGUAGAAUAGCCACCCAAAUGCAAAUUGCAAGAGACAUUAUAAAAGUUCCAUUCAUUGGACAUACAGAGAGAUGGUUACGAAGACUAUUUCUGAAAGAAAUUUGUAUCUGCCUGGAGAGCAGUAAGGAUUUUCAUCGGCGCUCCAUUGGCAGCCCUGCGUACACAAACCAUUGAUCAUAAAUGCGGUCUUUCAAGAGCAUGAUAGCUUAAUGUGACUUGCGUAGCCGGCGUGUGGUUUGUAGCGUUUAGUUCUGAAAAAGUGUUUUUCUUGUUGUCAACUUAAUCUGAAGCUAUGAUGAGUAUUCGUGUCAUAUGGUGCAUCAGUGUUUCAUGACAACAAAACGCAACUGCUGUAAAGAAAUUAUUCUGAGAUACCAGAUGACCCAGAAAACCCAAGUUUUUCUUUUUUGAUUUGAUCAUAAAAUAUACAAUGUGUGAAUCAAGUAGCAGCUCAAACAACAGUGUAACAUGAAUGUGACUGACUUGGAACACAGUGUGCAUCGAUGGGAUACAUUGAAAAUAUUGACACCAGACGGAAGUAAAUUUAGCUAUGUUGUUAUGAUUUUAAAUCAGCCUAUAAGACACAGUCGUGCAGCUAUGCUCUCUCUGUGGCAGAACGCAUCUUUGAGGAUUACAGUUGAUGGAGGAACCAACCGUUGGUUUAAGUUCAGUGAAGAAGAAAGCUGUUCAUUGCCUGAUUUCAUAACAGGAGAUUUAGAUUCUGUGGAGGAAUGUGUUCUUGACUAUUACAAGAAGAGAGGGGUUCCUGUUGUUGUCACUCCGGAUCAGAAUAAAACUGAUUUUACAAAAGCUGCUUUGUUUGCUGUUGAGCAUCUUGGCAAGUUGAAAAUUAAGGUGGAUGCCCUUGUAGCUGUGGUUCAAUCUGCAGGAAGAAUGGACCAUAUAUUUGCCAACAUAAAUACUCUCUUCAAGAUGACACAUGUGGAAGGUGCUAUGCCUGUCUACCUUCUGUCGUCAGACUCCCUGACAUGGUUGCUGAGGCCAGGUUCCCAUGAAAUUGCUCUCCCGCCUGAUCUCGUUGCAGAAAAAGUGUGGUGUGGCUUAAUCCCUAUUGGUGGAAAGGCCAAUUCAGUCACUACUACGGGACUGAAGUGGAACCUAAGUGAUACCCCCAUGGAAUUUGGAGGUUGUGUAAGCACAUCAAACAAAUACUGUGAAGAAGUUGUUACUAUUAAAACUGAUUCUUUCCUCUUGUGGACAAUGGGUUUGCAAAAAGAUGAUGUCAGUUGACACUGUCACAGGGCUUUUUGCACUCUUUAAACUGAAAUGAUAAAGGUAAAGGUUUUGUUUUCAAAUGACAUAGUAUAUUUUGUACUUGGGAAGUGCAGUAGUUGUAAGUCAUAUAUAGUUUGUGGCUCUUCUAUAAUUUGGGAAUGUUAAUAUAAGGAUGUUUAUACUUGAGAUGUUGAAUUAUAAAAUAAACAAAAAUGUUAUUUGUUA